GAGAGCUGUUCAAGUUUGUGGAUAAAAUCUAACGGUACGCGGAGAAAAACAUCGACACUAAUUAUUUCUUGAAGUGUGAUGUCUACAGGUAGUCGUGAUGGAGUGUGGAACUGGAGUCUACUACCAAGCAAUGCCUGCAGUGGGACCAGAUGGGAAAAACGUCAUGAAGUUGAUCCCUGUCCAGAAAGUGAACGGUCAGUUUUUUCAGACGCCGUUUAAUACGGAAAGAGACAAUGUAGAUCUACACCUGAAAGCUUUUUCAAAACCUGUUCAUCCUCCUGCUGCGUCUUCAUCUCAAACACAGACUCGACUUCCCUCGCUUCAGCCCAUAGCAGAUGGACGGGUUGUUCUAAAAACACUGCCAGAGUUUAGAACUUUGACUAACUCCAUCAAAACUCAACCCAGUGUUAUUAAUAACUUCACCAUUCACAAUCAAAAGCAAAUGCAUGUUCCUCUUACAACACACUCGCUUUCCCAGUAUACAGUCCAGUUACCACCUCAACCCAAUGGACAGAGCAUGACAGCGGUUCAAACGCUGCCUGUUACCGUCAAGUCACCUGUUCUCCCAAACGGUCAUUUCCUGCAGAUCCCACCGAAUGCGAAAGUUAGGACUCUGCCGGCAACUGCACUCCCGCAGUCCAUCAAAUGCCGGAUAAUGAACUCUGUGAAUUACACUCCUAACCUUGGAAAGGGUCCGCCCACUGUUGUGCUUGUGUCUCCUGUGAACUCUGUGAAGCUAAAUUCUGCCCAGCAAAUGCUUUUGCUUACUAAGCCGAGUCUAAUAAACCCUCCUGAAAACUUGCCAACACCGGUUUGUGUUGCUAAAACUAAUGAAGAAGCGAAUACUCCCAUUAAAUGGAUUGUCCAGGAGGGAACAGGCGCAACCGCUCCUUGCCUUGUACCUUUAUCGACACCCAACAUGACCUCUGACAUCUUAAAAGCAGUCAAGCGCUCGGUUGGUAUGGCAAAUGAAAUGACGGCAAGUAAAGCCACACCUCCUCAGGCCAGCCAAGAAAAGAUCACUCCGGGCAAGGACAACGCAUUGGUCAUGUGCAACGGGAAAGUCUAUUUUGUGGCUAAGAAAAAUUCUGAGAUCGCCAAGGAUGUGAUGAUCAGCGAAGGUGGAAAAAAGGUUGUUGCCAGCACUUCUCCUGCCCUGCCCGCCAGCUCCGCUCUGGGGUCCAACUCUUCUAAGCGAGCCCCUCCAAAAAGUGUUAGUGAAAUCAUUGAUCUCUGUGAUGAUGAUGAUGAUGAGGAGACGUCCACGUGCCUGGGAGGCGCCCCGGGUAAUUUGCCCACACCAAGUCAAACAGAGGUGGAUGAGAGCGAUGAAGACUCUAAUGUAAUAUUUGUCUCAUAUAUACCACCAAAGUCAGGUGAAAAAGUGGCAAAAUCUGUCUCUCUGAAUGAAGGGGGGAAAACGGCACAUGCAGAAAUGGAAAAAGAUGAUGUUUUGGAGGAUUCUUCUGCUAAAACGGAUGAUGACAAAAUGAAUGUGGAUGAUGAGCAGGUCAAGGAAAAUGAAAUGGCUGAAAGUAACUUGAGUUGUGUUUCUGAAAAUGUGGAUAUGGAGGCAGAUAAAGACUUGAGUAGAAGUCCGCCAGAGACAAGAUAUCAAGCUGAUGUAGCUGUCGCUGAAACUGUCAGCCUGGUGGAACAGCGCCAACAUUUCUGUGUUCAAGCCACUGACAAUACUGAAAAGGUCAUUGGAAAUCAAGCCCCUGAUCAGAGUCGUCAACCCAAGAGUGACUGUCAGCUGAAAAAAGAAUUCGGCAUCACCUCUGAUGUACAAAUUCGCUUGCAAAGAGCAAAGCCAGCUGUGAAGCCAGAUCAACAAACAGAGAGACUUAUCAUAAACAAACGCACAUUAGACGGCCUUCGUAAAGUCCUCCAGGAUUCAAAGCUGCAGUCAAAAAUACAGCAGAUGAUCCAGGUUCCCUACACAAAAACGGAGGACGAUGAACGUCUGAAGGUCAAAAGAAAAAAGCAGAAGCAGGAUGGGAGUCACAAUAUUCUCUCUCUAAAACCCUGUAACAUUUCACCUUCCUUUAAAUCCUCAGUUGUUCCCAUGGAAAACGGUUUGGUCUCACAGAACUGUCAAGAACAGGUUUGUUCACCAACAGAAUCUGCAGCCGAUAAGGUUCAUAUGCAAUCUGAACACAUGCUGUCUACUGGUAAUACAAGGUGUCUUACUCCUUCACCCGAGCAAAACUCAACACAGACGGCUAGUCAUCCCUUCUCACCUACCUCUGUAAGGAAGACGCCACCGCGCUCUAAAAAAGGGAAGGUGUGUACGGCCUGUCCCUGUGGGACUGUUUUAGGGCUUGCAGAAGCCACUUCGUCACUCCAUAGACAGGAGAAACCCAAUCCAUGUUCUGUUGUCGAAUCACACAAAGGGACAAGAAAAAGCCCAUUGGAGAGCCGCCAACCUCAGAGACUACAACCAAAAGAUCAAUAUCCUGUUAAGAAACGGUUAUCAAGUCCAUGUAAAGACAUGGCUCCAUUAGUAAGCUCUACUAGUGAAUCCUCAAAUAACCUCUCCUCACCUAAUAGUUUAAGUGCAUCCUCUUCAUCCAGUUUACAGGACUGCAACAACCAGAUUGUACUGUGCUUCAGCGGAACAAAAUACACUAACAUGUCGAGCAGCCACACGGAUGCUGAAACAUCUCAGCAAGACACCAGCCAGGUGCAGACAGCAUCAAACGACCCCAUCAUGCCAUUCUCUAAGAAACACCCAGGUCCCGAAAUAGACAACUUUCCAACCCAAGCGCUCUACUCGUUGGAAACGCUGGAUGCUGAGGAGAUAAAGCGGCAGGAGAGGAUCAAACGUUUGAAGGAUCUCCUGAAGGAGAAAGAGGCUGCGCUGGAGCGGAUGCAACGAAGCAUGAAUGUUUAGUUGUGUCUAUGUUUAAUUAACUGUACCCUGCAUGAGAGACUGAAUAUGACUGGGAAUACCACCAUUAAAUGUUUAAGAGAAAA